AUGAUAAUAAAAUGGUUUAAUAUUGUAUUUAUUUUCACAGUAUUAUUCAAUUUUAUAUUUUGCCAAAAUGAGGAUUCAGGGUCGUUGGAUUCCUCAAGUACCUUUAAUACACUUAUAGACGUACCAGAUGAAGUGGAAAAUAUUCCAUUUCUAUGCUAUGGUAAUACAAAUAACCAGUCAUUAUAUUUAGUAAAUAACUCAUAUAUUUAUAAACCACAUUCAGUUAAAAAAGAGAAUUCAAUUUCAUAUUUACCAAGCAACUGUUCAUUAUUACAUGAUGGAUCAGAUUUAAGAAAUUUAAGUUGUUGUUUAAAUAGUAAUAAAGAAUCAUUUAAUAAAGCAAUUAAUUAUAUAUGGUCAGAUCAGGUUAUUGGCAAUUUAAUAGAUUUAACAAAUAAUAAAACAUUAGAAGGUGGAUUUAAAAUUGUAAAUGAUGACGGUACAACACCAGACUUGAUUGAGCCAAAUAAAACCAAAAACAAUGAGGAUGACGAACAAAUAUUAUUUGUAUAUGAUACAAGAGACAGUGUUAAGACUUGUUUGGAUCAUUUGGUUAAAAUUCAAUGUUUUAGAUGCUCACAAGACCAUAGAACUAUCCUUAGAGAUUUAGACCCCAGUAUUUAUAGAUUGCUUGGAGUAGAAGGAAAGGUACCAUUAUUUUUUUUAGAUAGUGAAACUGUAGUUGAAAAAGAUAUUGUAAAUGGAUCGCUAGUCAACACCAAUAUAACACACGGCAAACCACUUUCCAUAUGCAAAAGCUAUUUCGAUACAUUGAUGCAACAUUGUCAAUAUGUCAGCGCUAGAAAUACACCACUAAACAAACUAUAUGUACCAGUUUCAGAUGUACAUUUCAAAUCACCUGCUGUUGGUAAAUACGGUAUAAAAGUUCCAUAUCUUCAAGAAAUAGCUUAUGUUAGUAUCGAUAAAGUAGAUUCAUUCUACGUAUCAAACUUUAAUUGCUUCCAAUUGCCCAUCAAGCCAUUCGUUGAGCCUUCGAGAUCCUUGGUUAUAAAUAAAAUAUGGUAUGCCGACAAAAACAACCAAACCAGCGAAUCUGCAGCUCCAAAAUUAGAAUCAAAUCAAAUUUUAAAAUUUAUUUUAGUUUUAAUAAUAAUUUUAAUUGUAAAUUAA